CCAAAGAUGAACUGGUGCAACUACACAAGAAGAUCGUUGAUAGAUGCAUGUGAGGAAUGGCAAGCUAAUCAAUCAAAGAUGUUUAGUGGACCAUUAUUGUUUCUAAUGAUAUGUUACUUUGACCGAGUACAAUUCAAAGGCCAAAUAACGCAGACUGCUUACCCAACAAUUAGAAUCUGGGGCAAGGAGAAAAUUGACAAGAGAGUGAAAGAUGAGAGAAAGGUGGGUUUUGGUCUGGGGAAGGUGACAAAGCGAAUAAUAAUAGUGGAAGAUGAAGAUGAAGAUGAAGAAAAAGAAGGAAAGGAAGAUGAAGAAAAUGAAGAUGCUGAAAUGUUGUCAAAGGAGGAUUGUGUGAAGGAGAUUAUAGCUGUGGCACAAAAGUUUAGUGAUGCUUUUGUUGAAUUUUCAAAGUUGCCAUCGACAAUUUCAAAAAGAUUCCCAAACUCAGAUAUCUUGAAAAAGAUAUACAUGACGACUGCUGAUUACUUCAUCAAGCAAGCUAAUGGCAAAGAGCAGGCCAAUGAGAAUCAGAGAUUGUUUGAGAAGUGCACAUUGGAAGAAGAUGAUGAUUUCUUCAAUGAACCUGGUGUAAUGGAAGCACUUAUAAACCUUGAGAAAGCUGC